AUGGCUCCAAUCAAGAACGGCCGCCUUCUUUUCAAUGACGUCCCAACCGGCUAUCCCGAACCGGGAAAGACCACAGUGUACGACGAAUCCCAAACCAUCGAUCUCGAUGGCAUGCCCCUCAACGGCGGUGUGCUCAUCAAGAUCCUGGUUGUCAGCAUAGAUCCAUACUUGCGAGACGCAAUGCGCGAUCCCUCAAAUAAGGGCUACAGUGCUCCGUUUGCGAUAGGGGAGCCGAUCUCCAACUUUGGUGUUAGCGUCGUCCUUCGCUCUGAAAAUGCUAAGGUAAAGCCAGGAGACCAUCUAUUCGGCAUGUACCCAUUCCAACACUACGCCGUCUUCCCCAGUGUUGACCAGUUGCUCCUACUGAAAAAUGAGGAAAAUUUGCCAUGGACUGCGUAUAUCGGCGUGGCUGGUAUACCAGGCCAAACCGCGUGGACAGGUUGGAAGGAGUAUGCGGCACCGAAAAAGGAUGACAUCGUGUUUGUUACUACUGCCUCUGGACCUGUGGGGUCGUUCGUCGUCCAGCUUGCCAAGUUGCAAGGCCUGAAAGUCAUCGCGUCUGCAGGCUCGGACGAAAAGGUUGCCUUUGUUAAGAGCAUCGGGGCCGACGUCGUAUUCAACUACAAGACCACAAGCACCUCGGAGGUACUACAAAGAGAGGGUCCGAUCAACAUCUACUGGGACAACGUUGGCGGAGAGAGCCUCGACGCAGCACUCGCUAACGCCGCGAACGGUGCGCGCUUCCUCGAAUGCGGCAUGAUCUCGCAGUACAACGCGGCACCGUACACGCUCAAGAACCUGAUGGCCAUUGUCGGGAAUUCGCUGCACGUCCACGGCGUUCUCAUCAUGCAGCUCCUGCCCAAGUACCGUGACGAGUUCUACCGCGAAGUGCCCGGGAAGGUUGCCCGGGGCGAGAUCAAGUACAUCGAGGAUGCCAAGCGCGGCCUCGAGUGGGCCGGUCACGCCAUCUCCGACGUGCAGCGGGGCAAGAAUCACGGGAAGAGCGUCAUCAUUGUGAACGAGGAGUGA